AUGGACUCUCCAAAGCGCUCCGCUUCGCCAUCUUCAUCCUCAGAUCCGAAGCGUAUCAAGCUAACCGUCCAGCCACAAAACCAAGGCGUUUCAUCCGUAGAUCCCGAAAAUGCUCCCGGAAAACGUAGUGAGCUCGAACCCAUCCAAAGCGGAGAGCUUGGGAACCUCCCCAACUAUCCUGAAUCGAAGCCUGGCCUCGAAAACGAGGAGGGGGAGUCGGGUGAAGAAAACGACGACGAGGAUCCGGCGCAGCUUGAAGCUAAUAGGCAAAGACUCGAAGAACAGGCGCGCAAAUAUCUCGCGGCUCAGACUCACGAGGUUAUCAUCCCCUCGUAUUCUGCUUGGUUUGACAUGUCCAAGAUACAUCCUGUCGAGCGACGUGCUCUUCCUGAGUUCUUCAACUCUCGUAACAGAUCAAAAACGCCGGCGAUCUACAAGGACUAUCGCGACUUUAUGAUCAACACCUACCGCCUCAGACCAACCGAAUAUCUCACUGUCACCGCGUGCCGUCGGAACUUGGCAGGAGAUGUGUGCGCCAUCAUGCGUGUUCACGCUUUUCUUGAACAGUGGGGUUUGAUCAACUACCAGAUCGACCCCGAAGCGCGGCCAGCCACGCUGGCUCCUCCAUUUACAGGACACUUCCGCGUUAUCCUUGAUACCCCUCGUGGACUACAGUCACUGCAUCCGGGAACGCGUCCUUCCCAACACCCGUCCGUCAAUGGUGUUUCAAAACCUCUCUCAGCAGCUCCCGCCUCCCUCGAGCUGCGUUCUAACAUCUACCAGACUUCUUCAAAAUCGUCACGGCCUAUUGGCGAAGCCGAAGCUAACACCCUUGCCAACGGAGCCUCCGCCCCAAAUGGCAUCUCUGGCCGAAGCGUUGCAACGGUGACCUACAAGUGCGACACCUGCGGCGUCGAUUGCACAGCAGUUCGGUAUCACUCGCUCAAGGUCAAGGACUUCGAGCUGUGCCAGCCAUGCUACCUCGACGGACGGUUCCCCUCGACGAUGUUCAGCGGAGACUUCGUCAAGCUGACCAGCGGGGUGGGUGCGGGUGGGAACGCGCACGGCGCCGGGAGUGGGGACGCGUGGACAGAUCAGGAGCUUCUGCUGCUGCUGGAGGGCGUGGAAAUGUACGACGACGACUGGUCCGCGAUCGAGGAGCACGUCGGCUCGCGCUCUGCCCAGCAAUGUAUCCGCAAGUUCUUGGAGCUUCCGAUCGAAGACCCGUAUCUGUCGAGCGAGGGCGAGAUGGGCGCGCUCCGCUACGCACGGGUACCCUUCGAGCAAGCGGACAACCCGGUGAUGAGCGUCGUGGCAUUUUUGGCAGGGGUCGUCGGGCCCGGCGUCGCCGCGGAGGCCGCCAAGACAGCGCUUCACGAGCUGACGAACAAGGACGAGGACGAGAAGCCCGUGGUAGAGCAGGAGAAAGACGGUAAGAAAGACCAGGAGGCCGAUGACAAGAUGGACGAGGACGCGCCAGCCGAAGUACCGGCCCACGCAGCCUCCUCGAGCAACGCAGGUUCACCCGCCCCAUCCGCAAAGCCGCCGUCCGAAUCCGCCGUCUCCGGCAUCCCGCACUCCAAAGUCGUCCGCGCGGCGAACCUCGCGCUCAAGUCGUCCGCCAAAGCCGCCGCCGCGCUCGCCGACGCCGAGGAGACGCAGGUCCGCUCAGCGCUCGCGGCGGUGAUCAAGCUCACGCUAACGAAGCUCGAGCUGAAGAUGGCGCAGUUCGAGGAGCUCGAGGACCUGCUCGAGGAAGAGCGCCGGUCGCUCGAGAUCACGCGCGUCGCGCUCGUCACCGAGCGCCUUGGGCUGCAGCGCACCCUGGAAUCUGUGAAUGUCGAGCUGGGCAAGCACGCCACCGCCAUCGCCGCUGGAAACAUGAACGGAAACACCGCUGGCAUGGCCGCCGCAGUUUCACAAGCAAGCCUCGGCACGACAGGGCAAGGGACGCGAGCGAGCGAAGUGCAGGGGGGCGCGCCGACAGAGGGCGACAUGGGUCCACUCAGCGGUGGCAACGUUGCGGCACUGUCCUGA